GGUGCCGGGCCCCCAGGCGGAGCGGCGGGCACCGGGUCAUCAGACACGACAACGGGCAUCGGGUCACCAGGCAUCAGGUCAGACAUUGGAUCGUCUGGCUCAACAGCGGGCAUCGGGUCACCAGGCAUCAGGUCAUUUGGCUCGACAGCGGGCAUCGGGUCACCAGGCAUGACAGCGGGCACUGGGUCAUCAGGCAUGGGAUUGUCUGGCUCGACAGCGGGCAUCGGGUCACCAGGUAUGACAGCGGGCACUGGGUCACCAGGCAUCAGGUCAUUUGGCUCACCAGCGGGCACCGCGUCAUCUGGCAAGGCAGUGGGCACCAAGUCACCAGGCACGACAGUGGGCUCCGAGUCAACUGGCAUGACCGCGGACACUGGGUCAGACAUUGGAUCGUCUGGCCCGACAGCGGGCAUCGGGUCACCAGGCAUGACAGCGGGCACUGGGUCAUCAGGCAUUGGAUCGUCUGGCUCGACAGCGGGCAUCGGGUCACCAGGCAUGACAGCGGGUACUGGUCAUCAGGUACCAGAUCGUUGGAUCGACAGCGGGCAUCGAGUCAACUGGCCUAAUGGAAUCAUCAGGCUGGAUCAGUUCAUCAGGCUGGGUAGAAACAUCAUGCUGGGUAGAGGCAUCAGGCUGAAUGGAGGCAUCAGGCUGAAUGGAGGCAUCAGGCUGGGUAGAGGC